AUGGAAGAGAUUUGCAUACUUGAGAUGCCAGAUAAUGUCUAUGAGAGGCUCAUUCAGAAGGGUAAGAAACCAGGGUUCUUCCAGUUGCUAGCUACCCAAACCGUCAGUGCAGCUUGGCAUGGUUUGUAUCCUGGCUACAUCAUAUUCUUCGUUAAAUCUGCUGUAAUGAUUGCUGGUUCGAGAGUUUUUUACGGAUGGCAACAAGCCACCCAGUCAGUUCUAUUUAAGAAGAUAUUCGUAUUCUUGAACUUUGCUUACACGCUUUUGGUUCUUAACUACUCCUGCGUUGGUUUCAUACGCACAGGUAUUAAGCCUGCACGAAACCUUAGCUGCAUAUGGGAGUGUAUGCUAUGUUGGAACCGUUAUUUCAAUAGCAUUGAUCCUGCUCGGAAAAAAUCAUUAAGCCAGCAAGGCCCCCCAGAUCUAAAGCUUGGAAAGAUCAGUAAGGUAGAAAUUGCGUCUUUGAUAUCUGUUUUUGAGAGUGUUGACAUCCGCAAAAUAUUAGGGAGCUGA